GCAGCGGACUGUCCGAAAGACUUAUUUCAAAGGAGAUAAUUGUUUGUAAACGUUUGAACAGUACGUCACAAGACAACUAUUAGCACUUUUCGUAACAACUCUGAAAUCAUUUGGUUCCACUUACGUACAUAAAAACAAAAACCACGACCGCGAAACAAUAAUAAAUAAUUUUAUCAUUCACGGUUCCUGGUGGCAGUCUUUUGUGUGUGGUUGGCAAGCUAAGAUCAAGAGAAUUUAUUUACUUCGAACAAGGAAAUAAUGUGCGAGAUUAAAAAUUUGCAUUCAUCAUGGUGGAAACGACGGACCCGAAUGGAAAAAUGGCUCCUGUUGGUCGUCGCUAUCCUUGUAGUCAUCGUGGUAAUCGUCCUAGCGGUAUCUUUAUCAGCAAGAAAAAUUGAUUCGCAAGUGUGUCUCAGCCCCAGUUGUAUACAAACCGCAGCCCAAGUGCUCCAAAAAGUAGAUUUAAAUAUCGACCCCUGCGAGGACUUCUACAAGUUCGCCUGCGGGAAUUUCAUAAAGGAUACAGUCCUGCCCCAAUACAAAACCAGUAUAUCAUCUUUUUCCAUUGUGAGUGACAUGGUGGAUGAGCAGCUGCGGACAUUGCUAGAGAAACCCAUCAAAGACACAGAUGCUAGAGCUUUUGUUCUUGUCAAAUCUAUUUAUCAAGCUUGCAUGAACACCACGGAAAUAGAGGCGCAUUCGUUGGAGGAUCUUAAAAAGACCAUUAAAGGAAUCGGAGGAUGGCCGGUGGUUGAAGGGCCGGAAUGGAACGAGAGAUUAUUUGAUUGGACGUCUACGAUGUACGAGUUUAUGAAAUUGGGAUUUAACUCUGACAUAUUUUUCGAGUUUAGUGUCACACCUGACAUGACAAAUUCCUCCAGGAACUCUCUGACGUUAGAUCAACCCUACAUCGUCUCAUUCGACAAGAUAAUGCGACGAGGCUACAAUGAAACUAUUGUUCAAGCUUACCACAACUACAUGGUUAAAAUUGCUAUUGCAUUCGGAGCGGAAAGCGAGAGGGCUCAUAAACAUAUGAGAGACGUUAUCGAAUUGGACAUUGCCUUAACCAGAAUUACAGUGCCUUCAGAGAAAAGACGAAAUUCAUCGUUGGAAGACAAUCCCUUCACCAUUAAAGACUUAGAAAAGGAGUUUCCUUACGUUCCUUGGUUGGAAUAUAUCAAUACGAUGUUGUAUCCAGUUAAAACUAUGACCUACGAUGAUCGCAUUACUGUCACUCUUCCACAAUAUUUUUAUGAGUUGGAAAAAAUUAUUAGAAGCACACCAAAACAAACUAUGGCUAAUUAUAUGUACUGGAAGGUUAUCAAGGGUUUGAUACAAUACCUCAAUAAUGACAUACGAAUGCUGCAAUUAGAGUUUAGUAAAUCUGUAUCAGGAAGAUCACAGCUUGAAGUUAGGUGGAGAGAGUGUGUCCAGAAAGCUCAAAGACUUUACAUAGCAAGUGGAGCAAUCUACGUUAGACACUUUUUCAAACAAGACGCGAAAAAAACGAUCGUUGAAUUGGUAGACGACAUAAAAGAAACGUUCAUCGAGGUACUAAAAACGGUGGACUGGAUGGACGAAGUUACAAGACAACACGCUCUAGAAAAAGCCAGGCUGAUGCGAGCACAUAUAGCCUACCCAGAUGAGCUAUUCCAGGAUGCAAAAAUCGAAGAAUACUACAAAAAUUUAACCGUGAACCCUCUGAAAUAUUUAGAAUCUAUGCAAAACGUGUCGCUUUUUGGUCAACAUGUUUCGUUUGCGAAGCUCGACAAACCUGUGACCAAGCAAGACUGGGAAAGUCAUGCUAAUGCAGUGGUCGCUAACGCGUUUUAUGACCAAAACGAGAACAGCAUAGAAUUCCCCGCCAGCAUCCUCCAAGGCGUCUUCUUUGACAAGCAGCGACCACAUUACAUGAACUACGGAGCAAUCGGCUACAUAAUCGGCCACGAAAUAACUCAUGGCUUCGACGACGAAGGUCGACAAUACGAUAAAGAUGGCAAUUUAGUAGACUGGUGGCAGGCCAAGACGAAAUCAGCUUUCGACGAGAAGGCACAGUGCAUCAUUGACCAAUACAGCAACAUCACCGUGCCGGGGAUAAAUUUAAACUUGAACGGCAUAAACACUCAAGGCGAGAAUAUUGCUGAUAAUGGCGGCGUUAAACAAGCAUAUUUAGCCUACAAGAAAUGGGUUAAUAAACAUCAACGGGAGCAGGCGCUGCCAGGGUUGCCAUACACUCCGGAGCAAAUGUUUUGGAUUUCUGCAGGGAACACUUGGUGUGACGUUGAGAGGAUUGAAGAACUUAGAAUUAGUGUUAUGGACCGGCUUCAUUCGCCGCAUUAUUAUAGAGUUAACGUGCCGUUGAUGAAUUCGAAGUAUUUUGCGCAGGAUUUUAAUUGUCCUGCGGGCUCGCCGAUGAAUCCGGUGCAUAAAUGUCCAAUUUGGUAGGUUAUUAUGAAGUGUUUCCGUUCUGGCACCGUUGCAAAACCAAUUGGUUUGGAAAUAUUGCAAUUUUUUGAAAAAGAUUGUUUUAUUUAUUUGUUUGAAAUAACUGUAUGCGUUUUGUUUUAAAACACAGGAAUUAGUACAUAUAGGUAGUACUAAUAUAUUAUAGUAUUCUAGUCAUUCAACAAUUUCAAUCAAUAAUAUCAUAAACAGACAAAGUCUGUCCCCAGAAAACUUUAUGUAUUAUCGCAAAUAAUGAUUUACUGUUGUUGUUCUUAUUUUAAUAUAAGUGUUGUGUGGAAAAUCGUAAAAAAAUUAAUUGUGUUCAUGACUCGUUUUAUUGUAUUUUGUUCUACCAGCAUUUUGUGUUUGUUCUUUUAUUCAUACAGUAAGUGCAUAGUUUACAAUUUUUGUAU